CAACGAACCAAGGAGACUCGCGUCGUUGGUUUUCAGAAAACCUGAUCAAUUCAAGCGUUACGCUUUAAGACUUUUUUUUACAAUUGCUUUGCCCAAUAGAAAAUAGCCAUACCAUGACUGAUGAUCCAGUUGUCUACAAAGAAGUCUGCACCAUUGCUACACAGACAGAUGACAAUGGCUGUAAUAAUAGCUGUACUUCCAUGUACAUCAAUGUAGUUCAUGUUAUCCACAGCACUGGAGAAUCAAUACAAGUUGUUUUGGAUGAUUCUAGAGGCAUUGAAGCAGACCUAGAUAAUGGACUUUAUGAUGGAGGUACAGAAGAGACAGACAAAGAUAUGGAGGGCAUAAAAAUUCUUGAAGAAACAGAUGCCGAUCACUUUGAUGGAGGCAGAAUUAAAGAAGGCAAUUGCCACCGCAAAAAAAAUGUUGCAAUCAUAAAUGAUGCAAAUGAGGAUAGAGAUAGGGGUACUAAAAAUUUUGAAAAAAUCACUAGCGAAGGCAACAGCAUAUCAACAGCUCAAGACAAGAUAAUACAAUUACAGAAGGGAUAUCUUAAACUAAAUAAUGAAGAUGAGAACAUUGAAUGUUUUCACUGCAAAAAGAAGUUCACUCACAAAAAUAAUUUAAAACGUCACUUAAGAAUUCAUUCUGGAGAGAAGCCAUUCCAGUGCUCCCUCUGCAAAAAGAAAUUUUCAAGAAAUCAUGAUUUAAAACGCCACCUUAGAUUGCACAAUGGGGAGAAGCCAUUUGAGUGUUCUCACUGCGCAAAAAGAUUCACAGCUAAGUCAAAUUUAAACGCUCACAUACGAAAAUACUCUGGAGUGAAGCCCUUUGAGUGUUCCUAUUGCAAAAAGAAAUUUCCACGAAAGCAUGAUUUAACACGUCACCUAAGGAUACACAAUGGCGAGAAGCCCUUUGAAUGCUCUCUCUGCAUAAAGAAAUUUGCAGAACAGACAAACUUGAAGAGUCAUAUGAGAACACACACUGGAGAGAAGCCAUUUGAAUGCUCGCACUGUGAUAGGAAAUUUUCAGCAAAGAAAAGUUUAAAGUAUCACAUAAAAACGCACACUGCAUCUUGUGAGGAGGAGUAUUCUUACGGCUAAAAGCUCAAAAUUCAAGCAAAAAUCUUCAUUCAGGUCAUCUAUGAUGGUGGUAUUUAUUUUUAGGUCCAUAAAGAGAGCAUCCAAUAUAUCCAUGAAACAUUAUGUAAGAAACUGUACAUAUUGUACUAUAUUGUAUAAACAAUAGAAGACAAAGCAUUUCAAGCAAUUUAGUUUGCUAACCAUUUAUGGACAU